AUGAGCGCCCUGCAACAGCCCGGACUGAGCUACAAAGAAAUAGCUGAUGCUAUAAUUUCUUUCCUGGAAAUAUCACUCCACAGUAUACUUUACCUUCGAUCAGUUUAUCCAGCGUCAACAUUUACGAGAAGACGAGCUCAUUCCGUACCCGUAUACCAAUCUAGACAUCCUCAAGUUAGAUCCUAUAUUACCAAUGUGAUAUCCUCUCUGGCACCAGAAGUACAUAAUGGGAAAUUAAGAAGGAUGACCGUGGUUUUUAAAGGUGUUGAAGAUGGAUUACCUAGAGAAAGAUUGAUUUUCGAUUUGGGUUAUCUAGGUGAAUUAGAUGAAUUGAAAAAUGGAAGAGGGAUUGAUAUUGGGUUGAUAGGUUCUCCAAAUGCAGAUGAAUUGGGUUUGAUGUUAAGAGGGUUCUUGAUCAAAUUGAAUGCUCUAGAUGGCCAAUUACUAGAGUGUAAAGGAGACACCACUUUUGCAGUCAUCAUAGAAACGAAUGAUUCCUUGGAACCGUCGUCUAACAAUAAUGAGGAUGUGACCGUUCCACCAUGGAUACCGGCUUUGGCAAAUGAUACACUCCAUCCCCCAGCUUCUCAAGAUCUAGACGCUUGUCCUGAAAAACAUGAACCGUUGCUGAAUGUGAAAGCCGUUGAGACAGGUGUGAUAGAUAUACGACUCAUGGUACAAGAAUGUAUAGCUAAAACGGGAGUAGAAAGAUUGAAUCCUCCAGUUGAAUAA